AAUCUUUGAUCUACCAAUACAAUUAUCACCAUGGUGCGUGUUAAGCGUUUCUGUUUCUGCAUUUCCCUGCGAAUGGGCUCUAUCUUAAUAGCGUUAAUUGAUACGGCAGUCAAUUUGCUUUUGAUCAAUUUUGGAAAAGAUGUCUCCUCAUACCAUAUAGAAAAAGCUGUUGCUAUUUGUCAUAUUAUUGGUUGUGUUAUGCUUAUAGUUGGGGCCCUAAUGAAAGCUCAAAUUUUACUGGUCUUCUACUUAAUAACAAGCCUGAUAAAUAAUAUUAUAUUGAUUGUCUAUACCGGUUUCGUGUUCACUGAGAUAGGCCGCGCUGCUUUGUAUUUAAUGGUCCUGCCUACAGCGAUAAUAGUGCGUGAGUUUUGCCUAUAG